CAUGGGCGGCAGCAGCUCCAAAUCCCUUGCAAAAAGCUCGUGCUGUCGCAUCGCUCAUUGCCAGUGUGGUUGCGAAAGCGCGUCUCAAAGGUCAAACAAAUUGCAACAUCGACAUCAAUCUUGGAACGCCAAGGCAGCAUAUACAUUGCUAGGCAGAGUGGUCACCAUGGCUGCAUUAAUCGCAGCACUAAUGUUGUCCACUGCUGCCGGGUACAGCUCGCCGCGAGCACCGGUUGUGGCAGGCAAUUGGAAGAUGAAUCCCAGCACCUCGGCCGAGGCCGUCGCCUUAGCCGAAGCACUGGAAGCGGUCGACGGCCGAGAGGUCGUCGUUUUUCCGCCGACGUGCUACCUUGACGCCGUCGCGACGAAAGCCAACAAAAACGUCGCCUUGGGCGCGCAGGACGUCUGCGUGCUAGCGGAAAGCGGCGCGUACACCGGCGCGGUAUCAUUACCGAUGCUGAAGAGCAUGCCGCGCGUCGAUUAUGUCUUAUGCGGCCACAGCGAGCGGCGAUCGCUCUUCUCGGAUGAUGAUGAUGCGAUCCGCGCCAAGGUCCGCGGCGCGUUGGAUGCGGGCUUCGCGGCGAUGCUCUGUAUUGGGGAAACCCAGCAGGAGUACGAGCUCGGCGUCACUGAUGAUGUGUGCGCCUUACAGCUCGCCAAGGCGCUCGAGGGCGUCACGGCGGCCGAGAUGGCGAACAUUGUGGUCGCGUACGAGCCGGUCUGGGCCAUCGGCACGGGGCUGGUGUGCCCGGCAGACGUCGCGCAGCGCGUCCACUCGUCGAUCCGGCAGCGACUCCGGGCGACCUACGAUUCUUCUGUGGCCGACUCGUGCCGCAUUUUGUAUGGGGGCUCGGUGAACCCGAGCGUCAUCGACGGCCUCAUGCGCCAGAGCGACAUCGACGGCGUUUUGGUGGGCGGCGCCUCGCUCGACGCAGCAACGUUCGGGCAGAUCGCGUCCUUCCACACGGGCUGGUGGCGCACGCGCAGUUUCCUGAAGAAGGUUUUUAGACGCUAAGGAACACAACAAC